AUGGAGAACCUCUCCCUCAACCCGCGGGCUGCGCCAUCCAGUCCCCGCUCCCAGCCCUCGGCUUCGAACCGUCUCCCACCCUUGAUGAAGAAGUACAUGAACCCUCACCUUGUGCGGCCGCCCAACGCGGGUCUCGAGAGCCACAGCCGCGCCGCUCUUCAGGCAUUGGCCGAUAACGCGACCGCCAGCUCGAUCCCGAAGAAGUCACCGCGCAAGCCAACACAGCACACCGCCCAUGGCAUCCAUGGGCCGGCACACGCUACUUCUGCGCGCUCCCAAGCUAUCGCUACCAACCCGGCUUCAAGGGAUGGCGGACGCAAGAUGGACCUGGGAACGUAUGAUGGCGGGUUUGAGCGGGACGUCGCGGACGUGGAGACCGUUUCCGGCGAGGCGGCCAAGUUGCUUGAGUUGCAAUCGGCUAGCGGUACCAUCCCCCUGUCGCUAGCCGCAUUCCAGAUCGGCCGACCGCUCGGCAAGGGCAAGUUCGGGCGAGUUUACCUUGCCCGCACCAAGGCGCCUCCGCAGUUCAUCGUUGCUCUCAAGUGCUUGAACAAAGGAGAGAUCGUCAACGGGCGCGUCGAGAAGCAGGUGCGCCGCGAAAUCGAGAUCCAGCAGAACCUCCGCCACCCCAACAUCCUCCGACUGUACGGCUACUUUCACGACUCGAAGCGCAUCUUCCUCAUCAUCGAGUUUGCGGCUAGAGGGGAAUUGUACAAGCAGCUGAGCAAGCACGGCCGCUUUGACGAGAAACGUUCAUCCCGCUACAUUGCGCAGAUGGCAGACGCGCUCGCAUACUUGCACAAGAAGCACGUCAUCCACCGAGACAUCAAGCCGGAGAACCUGUUGAUUGGUCUCAAGGGCGAGCUCAAGAUCGGUGACUUUGGAUGGAGCGUGCACGCACCCGGUGACCGGCGGCGGACGCUGUGCGGCACGCUCGACUACCUCCCACCAGAGAUGGUCGAGGGCAAGGAGCACAACGCCAAGGUUGACCUCUGGGCUCUCGGCGUGCUGGCGUACGAGUUCCUCGUUGGUACACCACCCUUUGAGGAUUUGAACGGGAGCCAAGCGACGUACCGUCGUAUUAGAAACAUUGACUUACAUGUACCGCCGCACGUCUCGCCAGAGGCCACCGAUCUCAUCAAGCGCCUCUUACGGUACCACCCCGACGACCGCCUACCACUUGCCGAUGUGCUGCAGCAUCCGUGGAUCAAGAGAUACGAAAAAUCCAAGAAGUCACUUGCGCGCCCAUCCUAA